AUGAAUGAUCCAAUGGUGUAUUCAUAAUAAAGAGCUCAAACAGAAACUAAUUCUUUAGGGUUCUCUCAAUCACUUGAAAAUUUAGAUACAAAUAGUUUGAAAGAAGACCUUAAUAAAAGCAUUGAAUUAGGACGCAAAAAGCGAAAAUAGUUGACUCUUGAUAAUCCUGAAUUUAAUAUCAAAUAAGAAAUUGAAGAUGAAAAAUAGAACAUUAAGGUACAAACCCUCAUAAGGAGAGGAAUAGCAGAUGCUCUAAAGAUAUAAGAAUUAUGUACAAUAAUAAUGUUUAUUAAUAAGUAAAGUUGAAAAUUACAGCAAAAGACAAUAAUAACCAAAUUCACAGUCUCUUUAGAUGGUGCAUGCUAAUAUUAUAUAAGGAAAAUCCUGAAAUUUAUAAUUGGUCAGAGUUUAGAGUAAGAACUAAUCUUGAUUUUGUUAGAAAUAAGUUCUUGAAAAGAAUAAUGGUCAAGACCUUCGAAAUCGUUUAGGAUAUCAAAGUGUUAUUCAUAUAACUUCACUUGAAGGAGAGAAAACAAAAUAUUUGUUAAAUUUAAAAAAACCAAUUUUAGAACAAAAUAGUAAACCAGAAGAAGUAUAACAUGUACUAUUGAAAAUAUUUGAUAUUGUUGAAAUAAUCUAUAAAACUCAUGAACAUGCAAAAAGAAUUAAUUAACUAGUUGAUAAUUUGUUGAUGGUAAUUGAAUUUCUAAUGUAAUUUAUAGCAAGAGAGCAAAAUCAAGCAAUACAAAGAAGAAAUUGAUAAAGUUAAUUAGGAAAUUCAGGUAGCCAAGUCUAGCUUGAAAAGUUUGGAAAGCAAGUCUUUGGAUGAUGAAAUCAUUCAAGAAUGA